UCCGCAGCGAGCUCGAGUGGAGUACGGCCGGCCGGGAGGUGAAGGAUGCCGGCGGCUCCGCGGGCCGGCUCUCGAGCGGUGCUCGCGCUCUGGAUUGCCUGCGGCUUCCUCUGCAGAGCCUGGACGGCCCCCUCCGCGUCCCAAAAAUGUGAUGAUGCGCUGGUCUCCGGCCUCCCCCACUCCGCCUUCAGCAGCUCCUCCUCCAUGUCGGCCAGCUACGCGCCGGGCUAUGCCAAGAUCAACAAGCGAGGCGGUGCCGGGGGAUGGUCCCCAUCUGACAGUGACCAUUAUCAAUGGCUUCAAGUUGACUUUGGCCAUCGGAAGCAGCUCAGCGCCAUAGCAACCCAAGGGAGAUACAGCAGCUCCGACUGGGUGACUCAGUACCGGGUGCUCUACAGUGACACAGGCAGGAACUGGAAGCCUUAUCAUCAAGAUGGGAACAUCUGGGCAUUUCCUGGAAACAUCAACUCGGAUAGCGUGGUGAGACACGAGCUGCAGCAUCCCGUUGUCGCCCGCUACGUGCGCAUGGUGCCCCUGGACUGGAAUGGCGAAGGCCGCAUUGGGCUCCGGAUCGAAGUCUACGGCUGCGCCUACUGGGCUGAUGUCAUCAACUUCGACGGCCACGUGGUGUUGCCCUAUCGGUUCAGAAACAAGAAGAUGAAAACGCUGAAAGAUGUCAUUGCCUUGAAAUUUAAAACUUCCGAGAGUGAAGGCGUGAUCCUUCAUGGGGAAGGCCAGCAAGGAGACUACAUUACUUUGGAACUGAAGAAAGCCAAGCUGCUCCUCAGUCUAAACCUAGGAAGCAACCAGCUCGGCCCUAUCUACGGGCACACGUCGGUGACGGCGGGCAGCCUGCUGGAUGACCACCACUGGCACUCUGUGGUCCUGGAGCGCCAAGGACGGGGCAUUAACCUCACCCUGGACAGGAGUGUGCAGCACUUCCGCACCAAUGGGGAGUUUGACUACCUGGACUUGGACUACGAGAUAACCUUUGGAGGCAUACCUUUCUCUGGAAAGCCAAGUUCAAGUAGCAGAAAGAAUUUCAAAGGCUGCAUGGAGAGUAUCAACUACAAUGGAAUCAAUAUCACUGACCUUGCCAGACGGAAGAAAUUAGAGCCAUCAAAUGUGGGAAAUUUGAGUUUCUCUUGCGUGGAGCCCGACACGGUCCCCGUGUUCUUUAACGCUACGAGUUACCUGGAGGUUCCCGGGAGGCCCGGCCAGGACCUGCUCUCCGUCAGUUUCCAGUUCCGCACCUGGAACCCCAACGGCCUCCUGCUGUUCAGCCACCUGGCGGAUCACCUUGGCCACGUGGAGAUCGACCUCGCCGAGAGCAAAGUGGGGGUCCGUGUGAACGUCACGCAGACCCGGACCAGCCAGAUCGACAUCUCCUCAGGGUCUGGACUGAACGAUGGCCAAUGGCAUGAGGUUCGCUUCCUCGCCAAGGAAAACUUCGCUGUUCUCACCAUUGAUGGUGAUGAAGCGUCGGCUGUCAGAACAAAUAGUCCUCUGCAGGUGAAAACUGGGGAGAAGUACUUCUUUGGAGGUUUUCUGAACCAGAUGAGUAACUCAAGCCACUCGACCCUUCAGCCCUCGUUUCAAGGUUGCAUGCAACUCAUCCAAGUCGAUGACCAACUGGUGAACUUAUAUGAAGUGGCACAAAGAAAGCCAGGAAGUUUUGCCAAUGUCAGCAUUGAUAUGUGUGCCAUCAUCGACAGAUGUGUGCCUAACCACUGUGAGCAUGGUGGAAAGUGCUCUCAAACAUGGGAGGGCUUCAAAUGCACUUGUGAUGAGACGGGGUACAGCGGAGCCACCUGCCACAACUCUAUCUAUGAGCCAUCUUGUGAAGCGUACAAACACUUAGGGCAGACGUCAAAUUACUACUGGAUAGAUCCUGAUGGCAGCGGGCCUCUGGGGCCUCUGAAGGUUUACUGCAACAUGACAGAGGACAAAGUGUGGACCAUCGUGUCUCACGACUUGCAGAUGCAGACGACAGUGGUGGGCUACAACCCAGAAAAGUACUCAGUGACACAGCUCCUGUACAGUGCCUCCAUGGACCAGAUUGGGGCUAUCACCAGCAGCGCUGAAUACUGCGAACAGUACGUCUCCUACUUCUGCAAGAUGUCCAGGUUGUUGAACACACCAGAUGGAAGUCCUUACACUUGGUGGGUUGGCAAGGCCAAUGAGAAGCACUAUUACUGGGGAGGGUCCGAGCCCGGAAUUCAGAAGUGUGCCUGUGGCAUCGAGCGCAACUGCACGGACCCCAAAUAUUACUGCAACUGUGACGCCGACUACAAGCAGUGGAGGAAGGAUGCUGGCUUCUUAUCCUACAAAGAUCACCUGCCAGUGAGCCAGGUGGUGGUUGGAGACACCGACCGGCAAGGCUCAGAAGCCAAGCUGAGUGUGGGCCCCCUGCGCUGUCAAGGAGACAGGAAUUACUGGAAUGCUGCCUCUUUCCCGAACCCUUCAUCCUAUCUGCACUUCUCUACAUUCCAAGGAGAAACGAGUGCUGACAUCUCUUUCUACUUCAAGACACUUAUCCCCCGGGGAGUGUUUCUUGAAAAUAUGGGAAACACGGACUUCAUCAAGCUGGAGCUGAAGUCUGCCACAGAAGUGGCCUUUUCAUUUGAUGUGGGAAAUGGGCCGGUGGAGAUUGUGGUGAGGUCACCCUCCCCGCUCAACGAUGACCAGUGGCACCGUGUCACGGCAGAGAGGAAUGUCAAGCAGGCCAGCCUGCAGGUGGAUCGGCUGCCCCAGCAGAUCCGCAAGGCCCCCACAGAAGGUCACACCCGCCUGGAACUCUACAGCCAGCUGUUUGUUGGUGGGGCUGGAGGACAGCAGGGCUUCCUGGGCUGCAUCCGCUCCUUGAGGAUGAAUGGAGUGACACUUGACCUGGAAGAAAGAGCAAAGGUCACAUCCGGGUUCAAAUCCGGAUGUUCCGGCCACUGCACUAGCUACGGGGCCAACUGUGAGAAUGGAGGCAAGUGCAUAGAGAAGUACCACGGCUAUUCCUGCGACUGCUCUCACACGCCAUACGAUGGGACUUUCUGCAACAAAGACGUCGGUGCGUUUUUCGAAGAGGGGAUGUGGCUGAGGUACAACUUCCAGUUACCCGCAGCCAGUGCCAGAGACUCGGGCAGCCGGACAGAGCACUCCGUGGACCCUCAGCCCCCGGCCCCAGACCUGGCCCAGGAGCAGAUCCACUUUAGCUUCAGCACCACCAAGGCGCCCUGCAUCCUGCUCUACGUCAGCUCCCUCAGCUCUGACUUCCUGGCCGUGCUCCUCAAGACCGCAGGAAGCCUGCAGAUCCGGUACAACCUGGGAGGCACCCGGGACCCCUACAACGUGGACGUGGACCACCGGAACCUGGCCAACGGGCAGCCGCACAGCGUCAACAUCACCCGUCAGGAGAGGACCCUGGUGCUCAAGCUCGACCAUUACCCCUCUGAGAGCUACCAUCUGCCCAGCUCAUCUGACGUUCUCUUCAACUCUCCCAAGUCGCUCUUCCUUGGAAAAGUUAUAGAAACGGGCAAGAUCGACCAGGAGAUCCACAAGUACAACACGCCAGGCUUCACAGGCUGCCUCUCCAGGGUGCAGUUCAACCAGGUCGCGCCGCUCAAGGCCGCCCUGAGGCGCACCAACGCCUCGGCCCACGUGCACGUCCAGGGCGAGCUGGUGGAGUCCAACUGCGGGGCCUCCCCACUGACUCUCUCCCCCAUGUCGUCCGCCACCGACCCCUGGCACCUGGACCACCUGAACUCAGCCAGUGCUGAUUUUCCCUAUAAUCCAGGGCAAGGCCAAGCUAUAAGAAAUGGAGUCAACAGAAACUCAGCCAUCAUUGGAGGGGUCAUCGCCGUGGUCAUCUUCAGCAUCCUCUGCACCCUGGUCUUCCUCAUCCGCUACAUGUUCCGCCACAAGGGCACCUACCACACCAACGAGGCCAAGGGCGCCGAGUCGGCCGAGAGCGCGGACGCGGCCAUCAUGAACAACGACCCCAACUUCACGGAGACCAUCGACGAGAGCAAGAAGGAGUGGCUCAUCUGAGGGGCUGCCCGGGCCUGGGGAGGGGGGGUGGAGGGGGAAGGGAGGGCGC